UAAGGUUUGAAUGUUUUGACUCUAUUCCCCGGAUAGCUAUCUUGUAUAGAUAUGAUGUAUAGACAUUCAUUGUUUCUACUGUCGGAGAUUCCUUUAAGACCGUACAUAUAUCGGUGUUCUGGUCAACUCCGUGUCUUCACUCCCUCCUGGAUUCCGGCGACGUGAAUGUAAUACUUAUCCUAGGCCUAUACGCCUCCACGCCUCCACAAGACUUACUCCGUAUCUUUACAGCAUAGUUAUAGCUGGCCCGACAUUUGACAAUCUUUCAACUAAACCUCAAACCUCAAGCCUACCUAGUUAAAAGCAGGUGUUGAUUUUCCUAGCUCGAACAGACCCGUCCAACAUAUACAGCGAGCGAUAUCUUACCACGCACCUCAUUCCACACGAUGGAUUCAAGCAGCUCGACCCUCGCGGCCGAUGGGUCGCUAGGUAAGGUCAUCACUACGCGCCAGUUCGUCUUGAUGGCUCUUAGUAGUUCGAUUGGCGCUGGCGUCUUACUAGCAACUUACCCUAGCCUCGCGGUGGGCGGGCCCGGAUCGCUCCUCAUAUCUUUCCUCGUUCUCGGAUUCGCAGUGUGGAUCACGAUGUGCGCCCUUGGCGAGCUCUCGGUUGCAUUUCCUGUUAAUGGCUCCUUCUACGAAUACUCGGUCCAUUUCAUCUCGCCGGCGUGGGGUUUCGCGAUGGGGUGGAAUUACGUCAUCAAUUUCCUCUUCAUCAUCGUCUUCGAGCUGGUAGUAAUGCUUCUCUGUGUGAGAUAUUGGGACAAAGCAACGCCGGCAUACUGUUUUCUUCUUCCCUUUAUUGGUGGCCUUAUCCUGGUCAACGCAUUUGGGGCAAAAUGGUAUGCCGAGGCAGAGAACGUCUUUGCCGUCUGCAAGAUGGUCGUCCUCUCGGCCUUCAUCAUUGUUGCCAUACUUAUAGUCAGCAAAAAUAUACCAGCAGAUACCCGCCCAGCAGAAGACUUGGGGUUUAACUUGUGGAAGCAUAACGCGUUCAAAAAUGGCACCAGUGGAUUCCUGUAUGUUUUUAUGGCUGCGGGUAUGGCGUACGGGGGUACCGAAAUGCUUGGAAUAACCGCAGCCGAAUGCGAAAGGCCCAAGAAAGUUAUGCGUCUCGCCUGCAAAAUCGUACCAUUGAGGAUCGUGUGGUUGUACUUAUUGCCGAUUUUCAUGCUCGGCCUGGUACUUGAGGUCCCUUUAAACGGGCAUACACAAUCAGGCGGGAUCAGCCCCUUUGUCGCUGCGGUGGACCAAGCUAGAUUGCCAAUACUCGCAGGUGUUCUCAACGGCAUUAUCAUCGUGGCCGUGUUUUCAAUGGCGAACGCAAGCGUCUUUGCCUCGUCAAGGGCUCUUCAAGCCAUUUCAGCGAGGGGGAUGGGUCCCUCGAUCUUCGCCAAGAUCAAAUGGGGUCACCCGAUCUGGGCACUGGUACUCGCUCUGUUCAUCUCGUUCCUUUCGCUCGUUAAGUUGGCCAGGAACGGCGAUAAAGUUUUCGACUGGUUAUUGGCGUUAGCAGCUGGAUCCAAUUAUUUUACUUGGAUAUCCAUCUGCGUCUGCCACAUCCGACUCCGGCUUGCCAUACGCAGGAGAGGAUUGCAGGAAGACGACAUACUGAGAUGGAAGUCCCCUCCCGGAAUAAUUGGGAGCGCUGUGGCAAUCCUUAUCUUCAUAUUCGGCCUCGCGGCGCAAAUCGUGGCUGCGGCUCGGAGUCCGCUUCCGAAGCCGCCUCAUAUCCUCGCAAGCAUCCUAGGCAUCAUCGUCGUCUUCGUCUUCUGGGCAGGAUAUAUGGCAGUCAAGCGCAGCGUACUUUUAAUUCCUCUUGAUCAGAUAGACCUAAGUGCCAAGGCAGGGGACUCGGUUUCAAACCUGAAUGUCCAUCAUGGGGACACUGGAAAUGGCGAUGUUGAGAGCGGUGCUGAGAGCGUUGGAGCUGGUAGCAGUGAAAUGUUGAAUACCCACGGAUAGAAAGAGGGUGCUUUAUAAGCCUACCUGCAUAUACAUGAAUAGACUUCAUCUGUUUCAUGAAAUUGGCUUAUUGUAAUUGUUGAAGUCGCAAGUUACAAGGAUGAAAUGUUAACAGGAGAAGAAUGGCAAUA